GGAGACCUGAGCCGAAGUGAGACAGCAAACCAUCCUCCCGAUUCCUGGUGAUUUUACCAGAAUCGUCGAAAUGGAGGGCACAGAUGUGGCCCAGGUAUCCUCAGGAAUUGACAACAUGGUCACAUACGAGCUCAGCAACGUUAACAUGACCGGGAAGGGGAAAGUGGGGAUGGAAAACUUUGAACUUCUUAAAGUAUUGGGAACAGGAGCAUACGGAAAAGUAUUCCUGGUGCGCAAGGUUGGGGGCACUGACCACAACAAACUGUACGCCAUGAAAGUCCUCAAGAAAGCAAGUAUCGUCCAAAAGACAAAGACCACUGAACACACCAAGACCGAACGUCAAGUUCUGGAAGUUAUACGCCAGUCACCGUUCCUUGUGACCCUUCAUUAUGCAUUCCAGACAGAGGCGAAAUUGCAUCUUAUUCUUGACUAUGUGAAUGGAGGGGAACUCUUCACUCAUCUGUACCAGAGGGAACAUUUCACUGAAUCCCAAGUAAGGUUCUACAUAGCAGAGGUGGUGCUAGCCCUGGAGACACUGCAUAAGCUUGGUGUAAUCUAUCGUGAUAUUAAAUUAGAGAACAUACUGCUGGAUGCUCAGGGCCAUGUUGUCCUGACUGACUUUGGUCUCAGCAAGGAGUUUCUACCUCAUGAAAAAACUUAUAAAGCCUACUCCUUCUGUGGUACCAUAGAAUACAUGGCUCCUGAAGUAGUCAAGGGAGACAAGACUGGUCAUGACUUUGCUGUCGACUGGUGGUCCUUAGGAGUUCUCACCUAUGAGUUACUGACUGGCGCAUCACCUUUCACCGUUGAUGGAGAGAAAAAUUCGCAGACGGAAAUUUCCAAACGAAUUCUAAAAGCUCAACCGCCCAUUCCGAAGUCAUUUUCGCCGGUUGUGCGAGAUUUUAUUCUAAAGUUACUGACCAAGGAUCCAAAGAAAAGACUUGGCGCCAGGGGAGGGUCGGAUGUCAGGGAGCAUCCAUUCUUCAAGCAUAUUGCUUGGAAGGAAAUGGAAAAGAAGCAACUGCCUGCACCUUUCCAGCCUAAAAUCAGAAACGAAUUAGACGUCAGUAACUUCUCAGAAGAAUUCACCAACAUGCUUCCAGCAGACUCACCAGCAGUUGUGCCCAUGAAUGGGGAGAAACUAUUCAAGGGUUACUCGUACGUAGCUCCCUCCAUCUUGUUCAGUGAGAACAUGGUCAGUACGGACUUCUUGCAGCCUUCCACGGAACAUAGACCAGAAAAAACACAUCUUGCCAUAGCUAGUCAUUUCAAGAAUUCACCGUUUUUCCAGAAUUAUGAAAUCAAUAUCAGGGAAGGGAUACUGGGUGAUGGCAGCUUCUCAGUCUGCAGAAAAUGUGUUCAUAAAAAGACGGGAAAUGAGUAUGCGGUGAAAAUAGUCAGUCGGCGCCAAGACUGUAGUCGCGAAAUCAAUCUCCUGAAAAUGUGUCAGGGUCAUCCAAAUAUCGUCAAACUACAUGAUGUCUAUCAUGAUGAGUUACACACUUACAUAAUCCUAGACUUGCUCAAGGGAGGGGAGUUACUGGACCGCAUCAGGAAAAAGAAGCAGUUUACAGAAACUGAGGCAAGCCAGAUCAUGAGGAAGUUAGUGUCUGCCGUGCAUUUCAUGCACUCGAAAGGUGUUGUUCAUAGGGACUUGAAACCUGAGAAUCUACUCUUCGAGAACAGUGUAGACAACGCGGAAAUAAAAAUAGUCGAUUUUGGUUUUGCACGGUUAAAACCUGAGAAGGAGCCAAUGAUGACGCCAUGUUUUACCCUGUACUAUGCAGCGCCAGAAGUGUUAAAACAAACAGUAGCCGGUCAAAAUAAUGGUUAUGACGAGGGGUGUGACCUCUGGAGUUUAGGAGUCAUUCUGUACACCAUGUUGUCCGGUAAAGCACCAUUCCAGUCAAGAAGUCGUGAAGACAGUGCAGCUAGUAUUAUGCAGAGGAUCAAAGGAGGGGAAUUUACCUUCACCGCUCCGGCUUGGGAGAGGGUGUCUGACCAGGCGAAGAGGCUCAUAAAGGGUCUUCUAACUGUUGAUCCGAAGUCGCGACUACAGAUGCACGCUCUCAUGAGGCACGAGUGGUUACAGUGCGGCUUCACGAACCAGUUGAUUACACCGCUAAUGACGCCAGACAUUCUUAGUGCAGGCAGUUCGAAAAUCUCUCAGCAGCUUAAUGCUACAAUGGGUGCUUUUCAUAUGGCAGCGCGGGAAGGAUUCCGUCUGCAGGACGUUGGAAAGGCUCCAUUGGCGCAGCGGCGAAAACUUAAGAAAAGUUCCGAGGAUGCCCGCAGUAGUACCAGUAGCAGUGGCAGUGCACGGUCGAAUGGAUCUCUUACCCCUACAAACAGUUUGACGCAGUCACCUAUGCGGGGGUCCCCUGUGACGCAAUCACCAGUGAGAAAUCUAUCUAGUAAUUCCGCCGCGAGUAGUACUGGUUUCACGCCGUUAAAAAAUGCGCUUACCUCGGGCAAGCCUACUUCGCUAGAAAGCUCGGGUUACUUUAGCUUCAAGGAGGCGAGGAUUGCGCAAUUAAUGAGUACAAUCCCGGACAAUUCUAAAACGACGGACACAAGUUCUUAUUCAGGAAAGGUCUCGCCCCAUGGUGCGAAGCGGAAACUUCCCAUGGAUGAUGUGUUCAACGAUGAUGAUGAUGAUGACGAUUGCAUAAUUAUAAGUAGCACGACACCACCGAGAGGACAGCGCAUUUCAGAUACGUUGAAUAAUAAUAACAGUUCAAUGACGUCCAAGAGAUAUAAACCAGAGACUAUUGUCAUUGAUGACGAUUGACGAGAAUAUCUCGUUAGAUUACUAGUGUGUUCGUUCCAUUCCCAGUUUAAAGUAUCUAGAAUUACCACGAUCUUUCAUUUUUUAGUGGGCAGCCAGUGCAUUGUGGGUAGGAGUAGGCCUGCGUAGUCGCGCCUGGAAAUUGAUAUGCGGUAUUAAAAUCUGUUAUUGUUUGAUUUCCAGUUUUGCUAGCGACUCUUGCUUUGUUGUCAAAAGUUUGAAUUCACAUUAACCUUGAACAUGUUGGAAAAGUCAACAAUUGGUGUGGAAUAACUACAAAGUUAGUCUCCACUGGUCUUUCAAUAGUGUAAUUAUCUCUUUUUGAUUGAUAGGGGAUGGGACAGCAGCUUAAACAUCGCUAUGAAUGAUCUGACUUAAUAAAAGUGCAAUAUGUAAACUUAAUUUAAUUUAUCGGACACUUUGCUAUGUACCAUUUUAACGAUGAUUGUGUAGUGAUUGAUCACAUUACCAGUCUGACCUCAUGAUGCUUCACAUACUCUGCAUGUGCAUAAUGAUGUCACUGCAUCAUCGGAUGAUACGCUGGGGUCAGUGACGCUCCAAACUAGCCAAGGGGUUCAGACGUUGCCAGUCAGGUGCUGCCAUCUCUGUGACUUCAUGAUGUUAAGUCGGCAACAUGUACAAAACCUAAUCCUAGCCACAAUGCAUUGUUUCCAGUUGAAUGUUAUGGCCUAUCUCUGCAUUAGAGUUCUCGUAUCAAACUCUGUAAAGAACUUUGUUAUCUCAUGCCUUGCUACACAUAAUUCCCUGUGCAUGAUCAAGGCUUGCAUCAUUUAUGUGUAGAUAGGCCUUUAUGAGCAGUUGUUUAUCUUGACAUGAUCAUUCAGGAAGGUAGUGUUUUCGGAAUGUGUAGAGUGUAAAAUGGUGCAUGAGUAGUGUGUUUUGAACGUUGGGCAUUUUGGACGUCUGCUCAGAUGACAUGGGUGAUUUUCUUACUAAGUGUGUUCAAUAAUUGUUAGGUUAUUGAGUGCUCUUGAAGUUUAAAGUGUACAGUUCGGGUAUAAUUUGCAUAAUUAAAUGUAACCCUCAGGGAUCAAUUGUGAUUUGCUUUUUAGCGAUUUCGAUGAAUAGAUGCGUAAAAAUAUAUUUGAAGCCCAGAUGUGAGCAUUUUUUAAGAAAAAUUCUUUAAUCGAGAGAAUAUCAGUAUAAUGAUUUAAGCAAAUUUCUUAAAACAUCUUAUAUUUAAAAAUGUUCCUUGAAUUGCUCUUGGUCCUUCAGGGUGUAGUCGAGUUUUGUCUCAGAGACAACGUUUUGGCAAAGCUUGUGUGUUAUUUCAAUCAUCCCAAGUAGAUAUGAUGGACUGUUUUCCAGUCUAUGUUCACAGCUUUUGCUAUAGAAUUCUAGCAAAUUUAGGAUGAAAAUGCCUUCAAAGAUGCUUUGUAUGUCUAUUGGAGACAAUAUACAAGAACUCGAAGGGUGUCUGGAUGUAAUUCAACAAUCCGGUGUAGACGGCGCUCCAGAUGUACUUCAAAAUGUAGAGACAAUUCGUGCGGGUUGUGUGUACAUUUUCUAAUGUAUUCAAGAAUUACCCAGUUUAUAGAGGAGCAGGGUAUCGGUUUUAGCCCAGCAUUAUCUGAAGACGUUCAUCUUUCAACACCUAGUUCUGUCAUGAUGUUCUGUCUGCGACUUAUUCAAUAAAAGUUGUGAAUAUCACCACCCACAAAAUUGAGCAGUCCAAAUGGCAUGUAUGUAUGGUACCUAGUUAUUUAUUAGAAUAUUUAUUUUAUUUACGCAGAAGGUGAGCGCUGGUGUCAUAAUGGAAAUAGUCGAUGUAUCCAGUGCUGGGCGAAAUUCUCAUUAAGUACCUACUGUAUGGUAUGUACAAUGCUUGGUGUUGAUUUUGAUUUUUGUUUUAUCAUAAUGUCAAAUUGUACAUAGGGCACAAUGAAAUGAUUCAUUGGUCACUAAUCAUUGUGUAUUUAUUUGUUGGCACGAGCUGGACGUUUCCACAACUUAUGCCCGAGUUAUGGUUAACUUAUACUAUUUAAGUCCUUGUCGUUAAAAAUAUCACCAAAAUGAUACUGUAUGUUAUGUUUUGAAUGCCUUUGUUGGGUUGGGGAAGUAGUUUGCCAGCUUAAAAGUUCAAUCUACGGAUGAUCUUGCUAUGUAAAGUGUGGUAUGUGUUAAGUUUCUUGAGUAUCGAAGCUGGUUUCUGUCUGUUUUUAACUGUGUCAUUGAGGAAGUUGACUCAUUUAAGAGUUUUACAGGAAACACUCUUGAGCUACUUAAGUUGUGUUUCAAGUCAUAAAACUAUAAAACUGAGUGCUAUCAUACUUGUCAAGUGGACCUUUAAUGUGUGGUUAUUAGGACAGUCAAUUAAAAUCGCCAACAAAAGUUACAAAAGCACAAAUCUUCCUGCAGACAUGCAAUGUAAAUUUUUCAAAAUAUCUUGACUUUGUUUUCUUGACAAGUGAAGAUAGCAAAGACGGUAGGGUGAAACAUUGGUCACUGCAAUGAAUCCUAAUAAUGAACAAACAGUAUAAUUGCCUGUUUGACUGUGAUUUUAAAUUCUUUUCUAGAUUUAUAUGACUAAUCUGUCUAAAUAAGCACCCCUUUAAUUUAUAUUUCAGGAUUUUCCUGGACCCACGAUCUUUGAAACAAAUCUUAUAUACACUUUUAAUGUAUUUUAUACAAUAAAUUAUUUAUAUUUAUUCGACUACAGUCAUCUUAAUGGGAUAAAAAUCUUGUUCCUCUGUGAUGUAAAAUGUAUCAUGGUUGUAUGUUCUAUGCUCUAAUCAACAUGGGAGUACUCCUCAAUGUUAUUUUAUUCCCAACUCCAUUGUCGGAACAAAAUCCGCUGUCUCGACCCAUGGGACCAUCCCACCAUCUGGGUUUGGGGUGAGAACUCGCCGCUGUCUAGGGUCACUGACUAUAUGUGCCUUGAAUCGCCAAUUUUUUGUGCUGGUAGUGCCUGGCCGCAAAUCCACUCAUCACUCAUUGGACAAACAACGUCAUGUGACCAGUCAGUGAAAGCUGAUGUUGCUCGGUGAUGACACGUAUGGUGAUCAGUGCAUCUGAAAUCGAGGAAUUCUUUUGUCAGAUUGGUUGAAAGGCUUGUAGCCGAUUGGAAAAAUGUUUUUGCCAUUUGUGACAGAUGAGCUACUUUCCACACAGAGCUGAACUAAGUGCUGAAGCUGUAGGUUAUAUCUCGUUUCUAAACAUGAAACCUGUGGUUUUGCCUGAGGCUUGAUCCUGUCCGCAUUCUUAUUGGCACUCGGAUCAUUCCUUGCUUAAAUGUGUAAAUUAUAUCCUUUUCAUUUAAAUCAUUACUCUUUCACUUUAUAACUUAUUGGUUUCAUCUGACUACUCUUUUGUACAAUACUCAUAAGUUCUGUUGAGUCUCCCAGUUUCUCUGUUGAUUGUCAGUUGAUUGUUUGCAUCUGGUUUUCUGUAACUGUACCGUAAACCUCGUUAAUCCACACUUUCCUUCAGUUCCUUUUAAAUUAUUCCUAACUUAUUGUCAAUAUUUAAGCUCGAAAUCAGAAUCUGUGAUGAUGUCCAUUGCAUGGGUGAGGUUGAGGUGUAAUUCAACCACCCCUGUUAGGUAUAUCAAGACAAAUUUAGGGGUUUGAUGCAAAGUCUGGCAUUAAUGAUCAUGACAUAAGGGCUGUGCAAACAAACGAUUUUUAUCACUGCGGCCUACGACAAUGAUCGCUGCGAUGAGUGAGAAAAGGAUCACUUGUCUGCAUAAAAAACAGUUGCCCUGUGUUUGAUAUGUUUUAUCAUGAUUGCAGGUCAUAGUAACAAAAAUUACUUGUUUGUGGGGCGCCUUAAAUUAUUUAUCCGGCGAGUCUGUAAAUUUCUAAUUAUGUUUUGUAUUAGAAAUAGUGUAACAUACAUUUUUGUAUUUUGGCUACAUUUGGGGUUAUUUUGCAUUAUUUUUUUUAAUUAUCUGAAACAUUUGCGGUGAAUGAGGUUGUAAAGUUAUGCUGGCAACAUGUUAAAAGAACUUGAUUUUCUUGUUAACUUAAGUUGUCAGUGUCAGCUUCAUUGAAUUUUGCAAAAACUGAAUACCGGUACUGUAUUGCCUGUCUGUGAGUUUCCUCUGUUGCUCUUGGUUACCCUAAUCUUAAAACUUGUGCAGACUUGAUAUUGUAGGUGUAGCUAGUCAGUUGUCUUAUAGUGUGGGAUUGGUGAACAGUAGGCCCUCCAGGGGUAAUGGAGGUGUAGACUCCCAGACUGGGAAUAUAGAAUGUAAAGGGAGCUCUAGUAUUUUAAAAUAACUGACAAAGGGUGUGUUUUCUUAUCAUACUGAACAAAGCACUCCAGAAUCGUGUACUGUAACAUCAGAUUUUUUGCGUGUGUCUUAAUUUCGUGGUCCAACUGAUCUGCAAAAUUAACCAGCGUAAUAUUUCACUUUGUCCAUACAUAAUGCAUCAGAUUAGACAGCUGGGCAUGUGUUGUUGAACAUGCACAGUAAAACUACUUGGGAGGGAGGAUUAGUGAGACCAAAUGGUCUUUGCAGAAGAAAUCCUUGGGACAGGUUGUCUCUUUAAGUAAUGCCAGCCAGUUAUGACGUUAUGCAGCCCCCUCUAUAUUUUGGUGGUUGACUUAUUGUUACGUGUUAUCUUGUCAAACACUAUCAUAGAAGCAGGCAAUUUCAAACGUGGUUGGAAUACUAUUUAAGAAAGAUGAGAACGAGACUACAGUAAAGCAGGUCAGGACUUGUUACAACUUUUGUGGUUUGAUUCAUUGCCUCAAAUGCUGCCAAGUCGCAACACUCCUGACUGAUUUUACAGUAGUGUGUAAGGCGGCAUACUCUAACAGUGACUCAAGGUGUAAUUUAGAAUAAAUCCUGGCGUUGACUUAUGCAUUUUGUAUUUUCACCGAAGUGUACCCAUGAAUGAAAUAAACGUACCAUUUUAUUGA